GUUGUUCACAUGUGGAUACGAGUGCACACGUCGUUGAUACGUGAAUUGGUGCGUGCACAGUGUGUUCGAUAUCAUGAAUGGCAUUCACACGUGCAGAAAUGGUGUCUGCAAGAGUGGCACGCACUCGAGGCUGAACUAACUCGUGAACGAGGACUUUGGGGUCCACAAAUAGGCUCGUCGUUAGAUAAAUUCGCGUUGGACACCACCGAAGGUCCAUGCCGUAUUCGUCGCAAACUGAUUCCCAAUCCAACCUUCUAUCAUCAGUAUCCCUAUCGACCACAUUUGGAUCUUCCAGAAUCGAAGGCGUUACGCGCAAAAGUGGCAAUCUCAAAAGAUAGCAAACUGUAUUAUGAAGCAAUGAAACGUCGUCGCAGUAAGACAAUCGACUCACGUAUCGUCGAUCAAUCGGCGAUGAUCAACACUCCAUCGGAAGAACGUGGUGAACUGCUCUUUGCUGAUAUGCAAGGUACGGUACUUGUUGAUACGCUUCUGCAUUAUGAUACUGGUUCGAAUGAACUUGAAAUCCGAUUUGACAUGAUGUAUGAAAUGAAUAAAGUUGUGAUACGUUUAGAAGUGAGUAUGUCGAUGAUACAACGCGUGUCGAUUCGUCAUAGUGAUGCCGGUUUACCGGCAGCAAGCGGUGGAACGGCUGUAGCGGGACGAGGUGGCCGGAAGAAUGGCAGAAGUAGUUCGAGUACAACUGGUGAUGCGGAACGUGAAGCGGAAGACGAAGAAAAUGGAACAAGUGAUACAAUAGCAAUGACCGGAUCGUCAGAGGGUGAACGCAACGAAGAGGUCGAAGCCGAGACCGAAACAGAGGCGUCCUUGUUGGAGACGGCAAAUUCGUCGUUAAUGGGCGCCGAAAAAAGUGAAGUGGAUUUGGACGAAGAGGAUGAUGGAGGCGCGGAUGAGGAGGAUGGCGUUCUAGUGAGUGAUCAGUCGUUGAUCGGUAACGACUCGACGGAUAUGAGCGCAAACGCAACUUCCUCCUCUUCUACAGCCAACGAGAGCACAACUCGAAACGAUGCAAUUGCUGCACAUCAUCACAAUCAAGUGAGCAAACAAAAAGCAUCUGAAAUGCCUUCGUCUUCGUCAUCCACAUCACAUCAUCAUCAUCAAACGUCUUCAUCGUCGUUGAUAAACAACAGGCAGAAACGGGGACCUGACAAUCAAACUUUGUUGAGGUUAUUAGAACAGGGUGAGCAACUGCAUUCGAUGUUCCGUUGUGCGCGUGUGCAAGGUUUAGAUACCAGUGAGGGACUGUUGCUAUUCGGUCGUGAGCACUACUAUGUAGUGGACGGCUUUACACUGCUCAAAACCCGUGAAAUACGCGAUUUGGACUUUUUACCGCAAGAAUUGCACGAUCCAAUCGUGCCCUAUAUGGCGUGUGGUGCAACCAGACCGAGUAGACGUACGCGAUUAUGCAGUAAGUUUGCGUAUGACGAUAUUCGUGAAGUGCAUCGCAGACGAUACUUACUUCAACCGAUCGCUAUUGAAGUAUUCUCAGCCGAUGGUCGCAAUUAUCUAUUGGCAUUCCCAAAACGCAUGCGAAAUCGUGUCUAUCAAAAACUUGUCUCGAUGGCGAAAGCUUUGAAAGACGGUGGCAGUGAAUCGGUCAGUGGACAACGCUCAUCAGUGCCUGUCGAGCAGAGUGGUCGUGUUUCACUUCUUACUUCCAUAAUUGGCCAACAGUCAGUAACACAACGUUGGUUGCGUGGUGAGAUGAGCAAUUUUCAAUAUUUGAUGCAUUUGAAUACGCUCGCUGGUAGAUCUUACAAUGAUCUUUCACAAUAUCCGAUAUUCCCGUGGAUUCUCAGUGAUUACGAUUCUGAGGUUCUCGACUUGACGAAUCCGCGAUCGUUCCGUAAUCUCAGUCGACCAAUGGGUGCACAGAGUGCUGAACGUUUGAGUCAAUUCUUGCGACGUUACCGAGAAUGGGAUGAUCCAAGCGGUGAAACGCCACCGUAUAUGUAUGGUACACAUUACAGUAGUGCUAUGAUUGUGGUCUCGUAUUUGGUUCGUUUGGAACCAUUCACACAACAGUUUCUGAAAUUACAGGGAGGACAUUUUGAUCUAGCCGAUCGAAUGUUUCAUAGUGUUGCGGACGCAUGGUUGAGUGCAUCACGUAACAACAUGGCUGAUGUUAAAGAGUUGAUUCCUGAGUUUUUCUCGUUGCCUGAAAUGUUCAUCAAUUCGAAUCAUUUCGAUUUGGGCAUUAAACAGAACGGUAUCACGCUUGAUGAUGUGGUCUUGCCGAGGUGGGCGAAAGCGGCUGUUGAGUCGUUCAAUGUCUAUCAUCAUCUAUUCUACGAAGGCAAUGUGGACUUUGAAAAUAUUGAUGACCCGUUGACGAGCAACCAGUCAAAGGCUUGUUCUUAUUUGAUUUCACUUGAUCGCUUCUUUUAUUUGAUGAUUUCCUCGUUGAAUGCAUUUCAUUUAAUUGCAGAAUUGAAGUCAGCUGUUGGCAUUCUACAUGCACUCGAAAAGGGUGGUGUUCUAGCGUUGGAAGCAAAUCGUGUGCUGCUCUCGGCAAAUCGUUAUUUGUCGUGGGGUUUCCCGGAUCGUAGCAUACGGAUCGGCAUUGUGGACAGUGAAAAAUCACAAUCCAUACACGAACUGUGUGAGAGUGCUGAGGUGACGUGUUGUGCGUGCGGUGAUUCACGGACGUUGUUUAGUGGCUCGACAAUGGGCACCAUUUGUGUGUGGAAUAUGAGUGCCGAGCGAUCGUUACCGUUGAAAAUAAGACCACGACGAAUUUUGAGUGCUCACACAGAAGCAAUUACCGCAUUACUGGGUGAUAUAGCAACAGCGUCGUCAUCACUUCUCUUUGUAUGGUCUAUCAAUGGACAACUUUUAAGCGUUGUGAAUAGUAUUGAUUCAUCUUAUAUCGAACAUAUUCCCAAUGUUGUUCUUGCAAUUGCAUUUUCAACGGUACGGUUCCAUUUUAUUAUUAUUAUUAUUGCUAAUCUACUACCUUACGAGUUAUCUGCGACUCCAUGGUUAGAUAUGAUGAAUGAAUGGGAUGAACAAAAUGUGAUAAUGUGUGGUGGGAGUGAUGGGGUUGUUCGUAUCUAUUCGAUUGAAAUGGUUGAAGCUGAAAAUACAAACGCGCAUGACUAUUGCACACAGUCCAGCACUGAACCUCAUCACGCAACGUUAGACUGUUCAGAGUUCAUUGAUCUCCUGCUCUUUUGA